AUGGCCGAGUUCACCGAACAGUGGUUGUCGUCGACUUUAAAGUGGCGCGUGGAGAAGUUCAUGUCCACGAUUUGGCGGCCUAGAUUGAGACAGAUUCGGAGAGAAAGAGCACGAAUGUCGACGGAAGAGCAGGCUCGGUUACGGUCCCUAGGCAUCGAAAUGCACUUUGACGACCAAGACUCUUUGAGUGACGAUCGAGGUGAUGAUGAACGUUCUGUGGAAGACGAGGAGCUUGAAGAUGAUGGUGUAGACGAGGAGCUUGAAGAUGAUGGUGUAGACGAGGAGAUUGCAGAAGAGGAGAUUGCAGACGAGCAGAUUGCAGACGAGGAGAUCAAAGGCGCUGGUGCAGACGAGGAGGUUGAGGCUGAGAGAGCACACAAAGAAACCAAAGCUGAAAGACAGCUUCGAGAGAUCCGAGCCUUCUUCACCGACGUCGAAGUCGCAGAGAUCCUCAAGGAAUCUGCGCGAGUGAACGGCCUCGAAGAUGACGACAACGCCUGGUUCAAGAUAAUCAGAGCGAUCGAUUCACGACAACAUCGAGAGCUAGCUGGAGAGCAAUGA